AUGGCUCGCAGCCCGGAACCUGGCCGGCACAAGAAUACCAGUCCGGAAACCAGCGAACUGAGUCUCCAUUACCGCACGAAUGCAUUUGAAUCCUACGGGUCUUUCUACAAUACCUUGUCGGCACCCGUGACACUAGACGACGUGUCGGAGAGCUUGUCCGAUCCGGUAGGCAACCACGUCGCGACGGCCCAGGGCUCGAGCAGCAACAGGAAGUUGGCCGCGGUGGCCGUCGCCGUGGCGCUCUUUGUUGUCUUCGUGGUGCUGCUCAUGCGCUACGGGUAUCCCAAGGCCGAAAAGAACGACGUGCCCACAAGCAGCAUCUGCGACCGGGAGUCGUGCCUCGAGUACUCGCAGCUCCUGCGUGCUUCGCUCGCCGACUCCGUGAACCCGUGCCACAACUUCUACGCUUUCGUCUGUCACGGCGUCCGGGACCCAGGCGGCAUGGGCGCCAGCAUUCUGUCACUGACGCGCGACAGACUGAUAGACGCCUUGCUCGACGAGUGGCUCCGCGUCAACCACACGCUGCAGCAGGACGGGCCAGUGCCCGCCAAGUCGCUCUGGGCCGGAAAGUUGCUGCAGAUGUGCAUAGGCCAGCACGAAUCGGGAGGGGACAGCUCCCUCGCGGAUUUGCAGCGAUUCAUGCUCGAGAAGAAUCUCACGUGGCCUCCCGCCAACGACGGCGUUGGCUAUGCGAAUCGGGACACGCUGAGCACGCUAGUCAAGUUGUCUCUCUUUUGGAACGUGGACGUGUGGUUUUCCCUGCGCGUUCUCCGCGUAAGCGCGUCCACGCAAAGGCCCACGUUUCGAUUUUGCAGGAGCGAGAGCUACAUUGAGUGGGAAGAAAAGCGGAAGGGGCUCCACAAGAAGAACGCCUACAGCCACUUUCUGGAGCCGUACAUCACUGCCUUCGGUGUAAGCGAGACCGGUCAUGUAAAGGACAUAGCGGAUAGACUUCGCGCGCUCGAGGAAGAAACCUCUGGCAUACUGACAGCGUCGUGGAAUCGGGUUCGACACAGCGGCCCUCGUGUCCUGAAAGUAAGAGAGAUGCAGCCGAACAGCUCCAGUGCGCACGCUUUUGACUGGGCAGCGUCUAUAGCUGAGGCCUUCAGCGCCGGGACAAGCGAAUUCGCUGACGACGCCGUAGUGGUUAAAGAGUCGCGCCUCCUCAACGGCGUCAACACCCUCCUGCAGUUGAACGCGGAUAGGGGAAACAUUUACGAGCUGGUAAUCAGUUGGAGCGUCGCAAGGGACCUCGGAAGCUUCCUGCUUGCCGGGCUUAGCCAGGCAUAUGGCAUGACCCACAGAACUGUCGGCGAGCACUGCAUUCUUCGACUUGAUCAGCUGACCAAGCCAGCGCUGACACUGCCCCUGUUCCGGAGGACACUUCCGGACGAGCUGCUGCUGCGGGUGCGCAGGGUGUUCCACGCGGUGCAGGAUGCCGCCAUCGAAGCCCUGGACUCGAACCUCUGGAUGGACAGCGGUACCAAGCGCAGGGCUCUGUUCAGCGCCCGCCGGAUCGCUCUUUUGACGCGACUGCCGCGUGCGUCGGACCUGAGCGACGACGAAGCCGAGCUGCCGCGUCUGGACGACGACCAGAGCUUCUUCGAGGCGUGGAAAACUGCUGUGGAGCACAUGCAGGAGCGCUUGCUGGUGCCGCGCAAAGGCAGCCCCGCGGAACUAUCCUUCCUGAGCACGAGCCCCACGUUCGAGGAGGUGCACGAUCGUGUGGUGCUGCACCCGGCGUCGCUGUGGCCGCCGCUGUUCACUCUCGACCUGCCGGCGGCCGUAGUGUUCGCCGGCAUUGGACAGCUGCUGGCGCACGAGCUCAUGUACGGCUUCCACUCGGCGCUCAGCCAAGACAUGGCCGACGGCCUCAAUGGCUCGAAUCAGUGGCGCCCAGGGACCAUCGGGGAGUACAAGGGGCGGUUGGCCUGUUACCUGCGCUCCUAUGCGAACUACGGUACUCGCAACGCCCACAGGCACUCCCUGGCGACUGACAGCGCAGACGCCGAGCGCUUCAGCGACUUCGCCUCGGCUCCCAUCCUGUACGCCGCGUUCGGCAGACACUCGAAGAGCAGCGCCGCUCCGUCGCCCGAGGACGUGCGUCUUCCAAGCCUGGAGGACGUGGACGCCCACAAGUUGUUCUUCCUCGCGUACUGCUUGACGCUGUGCUCCGCAGGCGGUGACGACGACGACGAAGGCGAGAGCUGGGGCGAAGCGGGCACCAGCAGGGCGCGCCACGAGCUACACCCGGAGCAGCGCUGCAACGUGCCCCUCAUGCACAUGGAGGAGUUCGCCAGCGCCUUCAGCUGUACUCGCGACGACGAGAUGAACCCGCACAAGAAGUGCUCGUUCUGGUGA